AGCUAAAGAAAAAAGCUUCAAACACUGUGUAGUCCCUCCAUCUAAUCUUCAUUAGAUUUACCCAAAAUCGACCCUUUUUUGAUUGAUGAACAAAACUAGAAACGCCAACUCACCCAAAAUUGCUUCUUUGCCAUUGAUUCAAACACUCGCCCUUCUUCUCAGUCAACAAAGCUGGCAUUCAUCAUUCAUUUGUGAGAGUGAUAGACCAUUUCUCUCAUUCUGGACCCCAAUUUGAUACUGAGAUCCACGACUGCAUUUGUUAGGGCACGAAUUGAAAUUUCUCGGAGCUCUUGAUUUUGUGGGAAAUUGAUAGGCGGGAUCUCGAGAUUCUUGAUUUAGCUGGUUCUGUGAUCCGCUCUGAUCGAUGGGAUUGUGGAAUCGGCAUUGAAUUGGGGGAGAUUUGCGCGAGAGAUGCGCCGUCGGGCGACCGACCUUCGGCGCCCGGUUCGGAGGAGCUUUUCGUGGUGGAUCUGGGUGCUGCUUCUCUUGUUCUUGAUUGCAGGUUUUGGACUGUUUAUUGUUCAGCAUAAUCAUCGAGAUGAGGAUCACAUCGAACAACCUGUACUGGAGAUAAACCCACGAAUUGACAGGGUUGUUCAUACGAACCGAAAUUUUACUGAAGAAAUAUUGAGUGCAAGAUCAUAUGCCAGACAAUUAGCAGAGCAAAUGACCCUUGCCAAAGCUUAUGUUAUUAUUGCAAAGGAACAUAAUAAUCUCCACCUUGCUUGGGAACUGAGUACAAAAAUACGAAGUUGCCAAUUGUUGCUUUCCAAGGCUGCAAAGAGAGAGGAGGCCAUAUCUCUAGAAGAAGCGGAACCGAUUAUUGAAAGUUUGUCAACCCUUAUUUUCAAGGCGCAAGACGCUCAUUAUGAUGUUGCAACUACAAUAAUGACGAUGAAAUCCCAUAUUCAAGCUCUUGAAGAGCGUGCUAAUGCUGCUACUGUUCAGAGCACCGUUUUUGGAGAGUUAGCUGCCGAAUCAAUACCCAAGAACCUUCAGUGCAUCGACAUUAAGCUCACGACCAACUGGAUUCAGAACAAGUCGAUAGAGGAGCUUGCAAAUGAGAGUAGAAACUCGCCCCGACUAGUGGACAAUAACCUCUACCAUUUUUGUAUAUUCUCCGAUAACCUUCUGGCUGUUUCAGUUGUUGUCAAUUCCACCAUUUCAAAUGCUGAACACCCGAAGCAACUCGUUUUCCAUAUCGUCACGAAUGGGGUGAAGUAUGGGGCAAUGCAGGCUUGGUUUCUUGGUAAUGAUUUUAAAGGGGCUGCCAUAGAAGUCCAAAGCGUUGAAGAUUUCACUUGGUUGAAUGCGUCGUAUGCGCCUGUCUUAAAACAACUACUGGAUGCUUCGUCAGAUAUCGAAGUUGAACACAAGUUCCGUAACCCAAAGUACCUCUCUCUGUUGAAUCAUCUUCGUUUCUACAUCCCGGAGAUUUAUCCUCAGUUGGAGAAGGUAGUUUUUCUCGAUGACGAUGUUGUGGUUCAGAAGGACUUGACACCUCUCUUCUCGCUGGAUUUGCACGGGAAUGUGAAUGGUGCUGUCGAAACAUGCCUGGAAGCCUUCCACCGAUACUACAGAUAUCUCAAUUUCUCAAAUCCUCUCAUCAGCGCCAAAUAUGAUCCACAAGCCUGUGGAUGGGCGUUUGGCAUGAACGUUUUCGAUUUGGUUGGUUGGAGAAAGGAGAAUGUAACUUCAAAAUAUCAUUUCUGGCAGGAAAGGAACAUCGAUCGGUCACUUUGGAAGCUUGGCACUCUCCCUCCGGGGCUCCUGGCUUUCUAUGGACUGACUGAGCCACUUGACCGGAGAUGGCACGUGUUGGGGUUGGGCUAUGACAUGAAUAUUGAUAGCCGGUUAAUUGAGACUGCUGCUGUCGUUCACUUUAACGGGAACAUGAAGCCGUGGCUGAAGCUGAGUAUAGGCAGAUAUAAGCCUCUGUGGGAACAGUAUUUGGAUCAGAGCCACCAAUAUCUGCAAGAGUGUGUCGCAAGUUGAUAAUCAUCAAGCUUUUAAUAUUUGCAGGUAUUUAAUUUAAUUACUUUCUAUUGUUUCAAAUAUUCAGAAAUCCAACUGCCUUAGUGUAGCCCCGCCGAAAAUAGAAAAUUUUGACAUUUAUGAGGAAACUUUUUUUCUUCUUACUCAUUUGAAGCUACUAUAUAUGGAAACAUUUUAUCAUACAAGAGAAAGAAAACAUGGUAACAUCAGUCUUCUGCAAAUUGUAAUAUCAAUGUGUUUCUCUUUUAAAGCUUAUGAAUUUCUUGAUUUCCUA